CUCCGGGGCCACCUGGGUCCUUUUAAAGUGUCCGGGGUGCGGGCCCCGGGCGGGCGCGCGGAGCACGGAAUGUUUUCUUAAAGGGCCAGUUCCGAGCUACGCUGCGAGGGGGGGGGGGGGGCGGGGGGAGAGAUAAGUGAGGGGAAGACCGGGAAGGCAGAGGAGAGCCCCCCAAUCCCGCGCCGAGGCGGCGGCGGCGGCGGCGGCGGCGCGACGAUGAGGAUGAUGAAUACAUUGCAAAGUUUUUUUGGCCCCGGCGAGGGGUGUCAGAUUGAGUGCUCUGUGCGCAUGUGCGAAGGUGUCCAAACUGACAAUGCUGGGGAGAUGAAGAUAGUGUGUAGCUGCUUCUGGACUCAAGGAGGAGGAGAGAGAUUCCGCGAGCCGACACCAUGCGAUCCAAGGCGAGGGCGAGGAAGCUAGCCAAAAGUGACGGCGACAUUGUAAAUAAUAUGUAUGAGCCUGACCCGGACCUGCUGGCUGGCGAGAGUGCCGAGGACGAGACCGAGGAGAGCAUCAUGUCCCCCAUCCCCAUGGGGCCGCCGUCCCCCUUCCCCACCAGCGAGGACUUCACCCCCAAGGAGGGCUCGCCGUACGAGGCCCCUGUCUACAUUCCUGAGGACAUUCCCAUCCCUCCAGACUUUGAGCUCCGAGAGUCCUCCAUCCCAGGGGCUGGCCUGGGGAUCUGGGCCAAGAAGAAGAUGGAAAUCGGGGAGAGGUUUGGCCCUUACAUGGUGGCGCCCCGGGCCACGUUGAAGGAGGCAGGCUUUGGAUGGGAGCAAAUGCUGACUGAUGCGGAAGUGUCGACACAGGAGGGCUGCAUCCAAAAGAUCUCCGAAGACCUGGGCAGUGAGAAGUUCUGCGUGGAUGCUAAUCAGGCCGGGGCUGGCAGCUGGCUCAAGUACAUCCGUGUGGCAUGCUCCUGCGAUGACCAGAACCUCACCAUGUGUCAGAUCAACGAGCAGAUUUAUUAUAAAGUCAUUAAGGACAUUGAGCCAGGAGAAGAGCUGCUGGUGCAUGUGAAGGAAGGUGCCUACUCGCUGGGGACGGUGCCCCCCAAUCUGGAUGAGGAGCCCACGUUCCGCUGUGACAUGUGUGAUGAGCUCUUCCAGUCCAAGCUGGACCUGCGGCGUCACAAGAAGUACGCAUGCAGCUCGGUGGGGGCCACGCUCUACCAGGGCCUGGGCGAGGAGCUCAAGCCGGAGGGCGUGGGCGGCACGGGCAGCGACGGGCAGGCCCACGAGUGCAAGGACUGCGAGCGGAUGUUCCCGAACAAGUACAGCUUGGAGCAGCACAUGAUCGUGCACACAGAGGAGCGAGAGUACAAGUGUGACCAGUGUCCCAAGGCCUUCAACUGGAAGUCCAACCUCAUCCGCCACCAGAUGUCCCAUGACAGCGGCAAGCGCUUCGAAUGUGAAAACUGCGUGAAGGUGUUCACGGACCCCAGCAACCUGCAGCGGCACAUCCGCUCCCAGCACGUGGGCGCGCGGGCGCACGCCUGCCCCGACUGCGGGAAGACCUUCGCCACAUCCUCGGGCCUCAAGCAGCACAAGCAUAUCCACAGCACCGUCAAGCCUUUCAUAUGUGAGGUCUGCCACAAAUCCUACACGCAGUUCUCCAACCUGUGCCGGCACAAGCGGAUGCACGCCGACUGCCGCACGCAGAUCAAGUGCAAGGACUGUGGGCAGAUGUUCAGCACUACCUCCUCCCUCAACAAGCACCGGCGCUUCUGCGAGGGCAAGAACCAUUACCCGCCAGGCGGCAUCUUCGCCCCGGGCCUGCCCCUCACCCCCAGCCCCAUGAUGGACAAGGCCAAGCCCCCUCCCAACCUCAACCACGCCGGCCUGGGUUUCAACGAGUACUUCCCCUCCAGGCCGCACCCAGGGAGCCUGCCCUUCUCCGCAGCGCCCCCGGCGUUCCCCGCGCUCACCCCCGGCUUCCCGGGCAUCUUCCCUCCGUCCCUGUACCCCCGGCCGCCCCUGCUACCUCCCACACCGCUGCUCAAGAGCCCCCUGAACCACACCCAGGAUGCCAAGCUCCCCAGCCCCCUGGGGAACCCGGCCCUACCCCUCGUCUCCGCCGUCGGCAACAGCAGCCAGGGCGCCACGGCAGCCUCGGGGCCCGAGGAGAAGUUCGAGAGCCGCCUCGAGGACUCAUACGCCGAGAAGCUCAAGACCCGGAGCAGCGACAUGUCGGACGGCAGCGACUUCGAGGACGUCAACACCACGACGGGGACCGACCUGGACACGACCACAGGGACGGGCUCGGACCUGGACAGCGACGUGGACAGCGACCGCGACAAGGCCAAGGCCAAGGGCAAGGCGGCCGAGGGCAAGGCCGAGUGUGGGGGCGGCACAGCUCCCCCGGGGGCCCCGAACAGCGUGGGCGAGGUGCCCCUCUUCUGUUCCCAGCACUCCUUCUUCCCGCCACCCGACGAACAGCUGCUGACGGCGUCGGGGGCCGCGGGCGACUCCAUCAAGGCCAUCGCCUCCAUCGCGGAGAAGUACUUCGGGCCCGGCUUCGUGGGCAUGCAGGAGAAGAAGCUGGGCGCGCUGCCCUACCACUCCGUGUUCCCCUUCCAGCUCCUGCCCAACUUCCCCCACGCCCUCUACCCCUUCACGGACCGCACACUCACCCACAACUUGCUGGUCAAGGCCGAGCCAAAGUCACCCCGCGAUGCCCUCAAGGUGGGCGGCCCCAGUGCCGAGUCCCCCUUUGACCUCACCACCAAACCAAAAGAGGCCAAGCCCAUCCUGCCCGUGCCCAAGGUGCCCCCGGCGCCCGCAUCUGGAGAGGAGCAGCCGCUGGACCUGAGCAUCGGCAGCCGCGUCCGAGCCAGCCAGAACGGAGGGGGCCGGGAGCCCCGCAAGAACCACGUGUAUGGCGAGCGCAGGCUGGGUGCCGGUGAGGGGCUGCCCAAGGUGUGCCCGGCGCAGCUGCCCCAGCAGCCGUCGCUGCACUACGCCAAGCCGUCGCCCUUCUUCAUGGACCCCAUCUACAGCAGGGUGGAGAAGCGGAAGGUGACAGACCCCGUGGGAGUCCUGAAGGAGAAGUACCUGCGGCCAUCCCCGCUGCUCUUCCACCCCCAGGGCUUUGCCUGCAGUUAUGGCUUAUUGCCACUAGGUGGUGGUGGUGCCCCAGGCCCGUGGUCCAUGUCUUCACCUGAGAUUCAGAUGUCAGCCAUCGAGACCAUGACGGAGAAGCUGGAAAGCUUCGCGGCCCUGAAGGCGGACUCGGGCAGCUCCCUGCAGCCCCUACCCCACCACCCCUUCAACUUCCGGUCCCCGCCCCCGACACUCUCGGACCCCAUCCUCAGGAAGGGCAAGGAGCGAUACACGUGCAGGUACUGUGGCAAGAUCUUCCCCCGAUCAGCAAACCUCACGAGACACCUGAGGACGCACACCGGGGAGCAGCCGUACAGGUGUAAGUACUGCGACCGCUCCUUCAGCAUCUCCUCCAACCUUCAGCGGCAUGUCCGGAACAUUCACAACAAGGAGAAGCCAUUCAAAUGUCACCUGUGUAACCGGUGCUUCGGGCAGCAGACCAACCUGGACAGACACCUCAAGAAGCACGAACACGAGCAUGUGCCAGUGAGCCAGCACGCCGGGGUCCUCACGAACCACCUGGGGACCAGCGCCUCCUCUCCCACCUCCGAGUCGGACAACCACGCACUUUUAGACGAGAAAGAAGACUCCUAUUUCUCUGAAAUCAGAAACUUUAUUGCCAAUAGUGAGAUGAACCAAGCGUCAACGCGAACAGACAAACGGCCAGAAGUCCAGGACCUGGAUGGCAGCUCCCAGUGUCCAGGCUUGGCCAGCGGGAAGCCAGAGGAUGAAGAGGAGGAGGAGGAGGAGCUGGAGGAGGACGACGACGACAGUCUGGCGGGGAAGUCCCAGGACGACACUGUGUCCCCCACGCCUGAGCCCCAGGGUGCCUACGAGGACGAGGACGAGGAGCCUCCCACCUCCCUGGCCGUGGGCUUCGACCACACCCGAAGGUGUGUUGAGGAGCAGCCGAGCAGUCUGUUAGCUUUGGAGCCCGUGCCGACUUUUGGGAAGGGGCUGGAUCUCCGCAGAGCAGCUGAGGAAGCGUUUGAAGUUAAAGAUGUGCUUAAUUCCACCCUAGAUUCUGAGGCUUUAAAACAGACCCUGUACAGGCAGGCUAAGAACCAGGCGUAUGCAAUGAUGCUGUCCCUUUCGGAGGAUGCUCCUCUCCAUACCUCCUCCCAGAGCCCUCUGGAAGCUUGGUUGAACAUCUCGGGAGCCACACCGGAGUCCGGAGCCUUUAACCCCAUCAACCACCUCUGACCAGCCCAGGAGGGGCUGGGGUCAGAGUCCAAGCGAGGCGACCGCAGGGCCCCCCACAUCCCAACAGAAAUCCCAGCUUCGGAAGAUGGAGGCGAGAGCCUCAGGGAGCCGGCACGCCUGGGCCAGGGAGACCCCCUUGUCACCUGCUUUUGACCACUCCUCAGUGUCUGUCCCCACCCCCCCCCCAUGGUUCAAUUCUGACUUUUCCAAUGAAAACUCAGAGCCGGGAAGUCCCUGAAUUGGUCACUGAGUUUCACCGUCUCUAAGACUUGGUCUUGAGAACAGCGUUUGGGAACAGCACGGCUCCAGGGCUGCCUCGCGGAACCACCCAGUGGGCGAGGGUGGGAUUCUAAUCCCAAACUGAAGCCGGUGGGCCACUCUGGGCACCGUGCAGCAUCUUGGAAUGGACAGACACAGUGCUCUCAAGGGGGAGAUGGCCCAAACGGUUUUUAUAAUGAAAAUUACGAGAAUAACCUUUUUGGUAAUCUUAUUGACAACAGAGUCUAUUUAAGCAUGUGGUUUUAAAAAAUAGACAGUAUUUUUUAAAAAAUCAACAAAUGACUUGCAAAUUGUUUUUUAAAAGUAAUUUUGCAUUGCUUUGAAAUCUCAGCUUAUUUGCAAACCCAAGCGUGCCUGAGAGCCGGCGCUGUGUUUGGGUGUGCUCUUUGUUCUGUAAAUAAUGGAGAAAUUUUCUAUCCCUGCCCGUAUUUGUAAAGCCAAGGUGAUUCCGGGUGCCUCCGAGGCAGAACCGAGGGGCAUGGGGUCCGCUCCUGUGGGCAGUUUCAGACUGUGCAGAGGAAUUCUAACAUAUGGUGUCCUGGGCUGGCCCAAGGCUGGGACUGGGAGAUGUGCCUGUCAUUGUGUGACGUGUGAUUCGUGGCCCCCACCAAGUCCCCCCAAUUGUAUGGGGAAGGUCGGAACGGUGGCUCUGGUCCCCAGUGCAGAGGUGGGCCAGGCACCUGAUGCUCCUGCCCCCAUGGUCUGUGCCUCGGCCACCCCACUGUUCGGAAGGCAAGGCCUGCUGGCCACGUCCGGAGGAUCUCCAGCCCCCACCCUCACUCACCCCAGUCAGAUGGCCAAAAGGAAAGAAGCAGGCACCCCUGUGGCUGCCAUCGGGGGCACGCCACGGUUCCCCUGCUCCUGGCCGCCAAGCUCUAGUGCGUCGGAGACCCCGGAUCCAGGACACAGCUGCCGCUUCCACUCUUCGCGCAGGUCCUUGGCGGGCAGGACCCGGCUCCAGCACAGAAGGGCGUCCAGGCUGACCGAGCUGCCGCAAAGAGCGAAGACAGCCCGACCCACGGUCGGCGCCUCUUCGGACGGGUCUGCUUCUCCAUCGGGUGGGCUUAAAUUAUUCCCGUAGGGGCCAAUUUCAAAUAAUAAUGUUUUCCCUGAUGGAAUUUACCUUAAUCUGUAUAUAACUUGUAAUUUUUUCUAAUUCAUUUCUUUUCUUAUUUUAUUUCCUCCUUAACAGUAUUUUUGGCGUUAGACAUUCUUAUUGUGAAGAAAUAAUGUUAAUAUAAGUAUCUAGUGAAGGACCAAAACCGUGUAAUAAGGUUGUGUGUUGUGUGAUCGAUAACCAGGGAGUGGGGCGAUUUUUAAUGUGCCAAAUACCCCCGCGUCCCCCCCCAACGAAUCCUGCUGUCACUGCUGCCCGUUUUCCAGACAAUCAUGUGUUUUUGUUAAAUUUGAGUUUCAGUUGCAUUUAAGACAGGUGUUCUAUUUAUUUCUUGUAUUGUUUGGAAAAAAAAAAAGAAGAAUAACAGCGUCCCAACAAGAAGAGAAAAAAAUCGCCCAAGUUGCCCUUAAAAGGAAGAGUGUAAGUUUAAGUACAGACAGUGGCGGUGCCACCACAUCGUGUGGAUCGGGUCUCGUGGUGGACGUCUCGGCGUUCGCCCAGGGCGGCGGUAGGUGGCCUAGCAGGCGGGUGCCCCAGACGCACAGCCUGGCCGCUCCAGGCCAAAGACAGUCAUGUGCGAAGGCGCUGGGAGGUCCAGCCUCCCACUGGAGACCUGCGUGGGGAGGUCCCCGAGGGCACCACAAACCUGCGGAUCCCAGCGAAAGGGCUUCACCUCUUUCUCAAACCCACACGAGGUAGUAGCAAGACUGAGAACCGCCCUGUGCCUGUGCCGAGGCCGCUUACACACGUGUGGAGGCAGGAAAGUCGUCCCUCUGGGGCAGCCAGGGAGAAGCUGCAUGAGGAAGAGCUGGUGUGGCCCAUCGAGGAGCAUUUGCAAACACAGCCACUCACACCUCCUCCCUCGGCUGGAGCCGCCAGGUGUGGUGUAAGGACUUCCAAUUUCCCUUCCGUCUAAAUGGGAUCCCUUUGAAAAGUCAACCUCAGAUACAAACACCCCGUUUCUGUAAACCCAAAUUAUAUGAUUUCUUCUGCUAAA